AUGGCGGAAGGGCUGGAGGUGGCCCUCACUGACCUCCAGAGCUCCUGGAACAACGUGCGGCACCAUACAGACGAGAUCAGCUCCAACCACCUUCUUGUUCGCCGGGGCCAGGCCUUCAACAUCACCCUGUACUUCAGGAACCGGGCCUUCCAGCCAGGCCUGGACAACAUCAUUUUUGUGACUGAGACUGGACCGCUGCCAGAUCUGCCCAAGGGGACUCGAGCCGUGUUCAGCCUGGCAGAUCACCGUGGCCCCAGCCCCUGGAUCGCCUCACUGCAGACCAUCGGGGCCAGUUCCCUGGAGGUGAGCCUGUGUGCCCCUCCUGUGGCAGCUGUGGGUCGGUACCUCUUGAAGGUUCACAUCAGAUCCCUACAGGGGACUGUCACAGCCUACCAGCUUGGGGAGUUCAUCCUGCUCUUCAAUCCCUGGUGCCCAGAGGAUGCUGUCUACCUGGAGAGUGAACCCCAGAGGCAGGAAUAUGUCAUGAAUGAUUAUGGCUUCAUCUAUCAAGGGAACAAGAACUGGAUCCGCCCCUGCCCCUGGAAUUAUGGACAAUUUGAAGAGAAUAUCAUAGACAUCUGUCUGGAGCUGCUAGACAAGAGCCUGAACUUCCAGAUUGACCCAGCCACAGACUGUGCCCUACGGGGGAACCCUGUAUACAUCAGCAGAGUAGUGUGCGCCAUGAUCAACAGCAACGAUGACAGUGGGGUGCUCAAUGGAAACUGGGGCGAGAAUUACUCAGAUGGCACCAACCCCACGGAGUGGAUGGGCAGCGUGGCCAUCCUGAAGCAGUGGCAUGCCACGGGCUGCCAGCCAGUGCGCUACGGGCAGUGCUGGGUCUUUGCUGCUGUCACAUGCACAGUGAUGAGGUGCCUGGGGAUCCCCACUCGAGUGAUCACCAACUUCAACUCUGGCCACGACACAGAUGGAAACCUGAUCAUUGAUGAGUAUUAUGACAACACAGGCAGGAUUUUGGAGAAUAAGAAGAAGGACAGUGUCUGGAAUUUCCACGUCUGGAAUGAAUGCUGGAUGGCACGGAACGACCUCCCACCUGGAUUCGGAGGCUGGCAGGUGCUGGACGCCACACCUCAGGAGACAAGCAAUGGCCUCUACUGCUGCGGCCCUGCCUCCGUCAGAGCCAUCAAGGAAGGAGAGGUGGACCUGAACUACGACACAGCUUUCGCCUUUUCCAUGGUGAAUGCUGAUUGUAUGGCCUGGCUGGUCUUUGGAGGGAAGGAGCAGAAACUUCACCAGGACACCAAUACUGUUGGCAAUUUUAUUAGCACCAAGAGCAUCCAGAGUGAUGAGCGGGAUGUCAUCACGGAAAACUACAAGUAUGAAGAAGGUUCUCUGCAGGAGAGGCAGGUGUUUCUGAAGGCUCUUCAGAAGCUGAAGGCUGGAAGGUCCCCAGGCUCCCUCCGAGCAGAAUCGCAACCCAGGUCCGUGCCACUGAGUGACAGUCCGCGGAGCCUGGCUACUCCUUCUCUCCAGCCCAGUGAUGUUGUCCAGGUCUCCCUGAAAUUCCAGCUGCUCGACUCGCCUGACAUGGGCCAGGACAUAAGGUUUGUCCUGCUGGCGCUCAACAUGUCGCCCCAGCUCAAGGACCUCAGAGUGAACCUGAGUGCCCAGUCUCUGCUGCAUGACGGCAGCCCCCUGCUCCCAUUCUGGCAGGACACAGCCUUCAUCACACUCUCUCCUGAAGAAGCAAAGACCUAUCCCUGCAAAAUCACCUAUUCCCAGUACAGCCAGUACCUGUCCACAGACAAGCUGAUCCGCAUCAGUGCCCUGGGUGAAGAGAAGAACAGUCCCGAGAAGAUCCUGGUGAACAAGAUCAUCACCUUAGCCUAUCCCAGCAUCGUGAUUAAUGUUUUAGGAGCAGCCAUUGUGAACCAGCCGCUCUCUAUACAAGUGGUAUUUUCAAACCCCCUCUCGGAGCAGGUUGAAGACUGUGUGCUGACUGUGGAAGGAAGUGGUCUCUUCAGGAGACAGCAGAGAGUCCUCAUUGGAGUCCUCAAACCCCAUCACAGAGCCAGUCUCACUCUGGAGACUAUCCCCUUCAAGAGUGGCCAAAGGCAAAUCCAAGCGAAUCUGAGAAGCAACAAAUUUAAGGACAUCAAGGGUUACAAGAAUGUCUAUAUAAACUUUGGAUUAUAA